AUGGAAGGUGAUUCUCCUCGAAAGAGACAAAAGAAGCAGAGCCGUUUCCGCGUGCUGGUAUGCGACCCUAUUGACCAGGCGGGGAUGGAAAUUCUUUCGUCCUUUGCUGAUGUAGACACAAAGUUCAAACUUCCUGAAGAGGAGCUCUGCAGCAUUGUUGGACAGUACGACGGACUCAUGGUUCGAAGUGGCACGACCGUGACGGACAAAAUUAUCAAACAUGGCCACAGGCUAAAGAUAAUCGGUCGUGCCGGUGUCGGUGUAGACAACGUCUGCGUCGAUGCGGCCACAGCGCAGGGUAUCUUCGUGGUUAACUCUCCAAAUGGCAAUACGGUGGCGGCGGCGGAGUUAACCUUGGGCCUGAUGAUGGCACUUGCGCGCAAGAUACCCCAGGCCGAUGUGUCUGUCGGUACUCACGUCGCGCGUGUUUGCAAUGCACUAGGGAUGGAGGUUCUUACCUACGACCCCUUUAUCACUGAGGAGAAAGCGAAGGCCAUGAAUUGCAGGAAUGUCGGUCUUGAUGCCCUUCUUGCUGCCAGCGAUUUCAUUACGCUGCACGUCCCUUUGCUUGAGCACACCCGGAACCUUAUCAAUGCGGAGAAGCUGAAAGGUGUUAAAAAGGGUGCUUGUAUAAUCAACGCCGCACGGGGGGGCGUCGUGGACGAGAAGGCAGUUGCGGAGGCCCUCAUGGCAGGCGACCUGGCUGGAGCCGCUAUGGACGUGUUCGAGAAUGAGAAAGAGUUUUCGAAGGACAAUCCCCUCAUCCAAGCCAAGGAGAAGGGCAAAAACAUCAUUCUCACUCCCCACAUAGGAGCAAGCACUUUCGAGGCACAGCACAACGUGGCUGUAGAUGUCGCUCUUCAGUUCAGAGAGGCGCUGCUGGGCGGUCUGCCGCAGUCAGCCGUCAACCUUCAGUGCGUGCGCUCCCAGCAUCUUGCCAGCGUUGUUCAUCUUUCCGAGAUUCUCGGGCGACUAUGCAGCAAAUUAGUCGACGAGCCCGUGGAGACGCUAAGCUUGAAAAUCACCGGAAGCAUAAACAGUGCGGAUGCGGACGUCCUCCUCUUGUCCGCUGCCCAGGGCAUGCUCAGGACGCGGUGCGAUCACAUUGUGAACUUUGUGAAUGUAAAGCGCAUUGCCCACGAACACAAGGUUGAGCUCGUCGUUUCCAAAGAGGAACUGACAGCUCCUCCACAGUACUCUAUUUUGGAACUGACUGUCAAGACGAAGAACUCGGUGGCCGCAGUGGAAGGAUGCUGCGCUGCGGAUGGUAGUGUUGUGCUGAAGAAAUUUCUGGGUACGCCGAUUUACCUUCAAAUGCCAUCUCGACGACGUGUGCAGCGCAAAGCAAGACUGAGCUUGGAAGAAGCACUAGACACGUGUAACGGUGUCGCGGCAAAUGGAAGCCCCUCAGCCGCUGAUCAAGAUGAACCGGACGUGAAGGAUCCGCCGAUUUACAUGAUGUAUACCCUUCACAGUGACAAAGCCGGAACAUUGGCAAACGUGGCCCAGAAGCUGGCAGAAGCCAACAUCAACGUUGCGAACUGUCAUCUCGGGCGGAGACUGGUAGACGAUGCUAGUUCACCCGAGGGAAAGACUAUGAUGGGGCUUUGCAUUUUCCACGCAGACGGCGAAAUUGACGAUGACGUCGUAAGGUCCAUUCGCCAGCUGGAGCAUGUGAGGGAAUGUAGAGUUUUCGCAACUCCGCAGUCACUUGGGUUGGAGGCCAGCUAA